CCACCAUAGAUGUCUGCUUCUUGGUUAUUUUCCACUCCUUGUUCGAAGAUGAACUACCACCUCUGCUGCCACCGCCGUUGUAACCACCGCCUGAUUUUCUCACCGCCGUUCUUAUUUUCCAGCACCGGAAAACAAAUAGUCACCACUAACAGCGCCAGCGUCUGUGCAUUUACAAAACUCAAAGAAAGAGUCACUUUUGAAGAAGAAAUCCCAAAAAGCAACUUUAUUGCCAUUGCUGGUCAUAUUCCAGACGAGGGUUCUGCUCAAUUUUAUUGUGAGGAGGAAGUACGAGAUCCUAGAGCUACACAUAAUUGUUGGGCGUACAAGGUUGGAGAACAAUAUCGGACUAAUGAUGAUGGCGAACCAUCUGGUACUGCUGGCAAGGCAAUACAUUCUGCAAUUGCAUCCUCAGGAUUGGAUAGAAUCAUGGUUGUUAUUAUCAGGCACUUUGGUGGAAUUAAACUUGGCACUGGAGGUCUAGUAAGAGCUUAUGGAGGAGUAGCUGCAGAAUGUUUGAGAAAUGCUCCUACAUGUCUCAUAAAAUCUAAAGUCCCGAUGGGCUUGGAGGUUCCUUUUGAACUAUUAGGAGUGUUUCAUACGCAGCUACAGUCUUUCCAGGCAGAAGAUAUCAAGCAGGAUUAUGAUGCCGGGAAAGAUGGAGUCACCAUGGUCACAUUCAAAGUUAAUUUUGACCGUGCACAAGGUUUAGAGGAAGCUAUUAAGGCCAACUGCAGUCGUGACAUUGUAUUCUACAAACGCUAGAAUUUUUCCAUAUUACUUUGUCUGAUAGUUUUAGUUCCAUCCUGAUGGAACUUAUGGAGAUCUGAAAUACCUUCUGCUCCAGAAACA